AUGGCUUCCGCUACUCGAACCUUUGCUCGCGCAGGCGCUGCAUUCAAAUCAACACCUUUCAGAUCCGCCACUCGUACUGCAUUGAGUGCUCCUCGUCAAGCAUUCCGUCAACAAUCUCGUCGUGGAUAUGCAUCUGAAGGACCUGCCAAGUCUUCCUUCCCUCUCUCUAUCGGUGUUGCUGCUUUGGCCGUUGCUGGAGGUGCUGGUUAUUACUUCAUCUCUCAAGGUAAUGGAUCACUCUUGAGUGGUUCUGCCAAGGAAACCGCUGGUCUCUUCACACCUACAUUCGACGAUUACCAAAAGGUUUACAAUGAAAUUGCAGAGAGAUUGGAAGAGAAGGAUGAUUACGAUGAUGGUUCUUACGGACCCGUCUUGGUCAGAUUGGCGUGGCAUUGCAGCGGAACCUUUGACAAGGAAACUGGUACUGGUGGUAGCAAUGGUGCUACUAUGAGAUUUGCCCCAGAAGGUGAUCACGGUGCCAAUGCUGGUUUGGUUGCUGCUAGAGAUUUCUUGGCUCCUAUUAAGGCUAAGCAUCCAUGGAUCUCCUACUCCGAUCUCUGGAUCUUGGCUGGUAUCUGCGCCAUUCAAGAAAUGCAGGGUCCAGUCAUUCCUUUCCGACCAGGUAGACAAGAUAAGGAUGCUGCUGCUUGCACACCUGAUGGACGUCUCCCAGAUGCAACCCAAGGUAACAAGCACUUGAGAGCUAUCUUCGGUCGUAUGGGAUUCAAUGAUCAAGAAAUUGUUGCUUUGAGUGGUGCUCACGCUCUUGGACGUUGCCACACUGAUCGUAGUGGUUUUGAGGGACCUUGGACUUUCUCUCCAACAGUUGUGACCAACGACUACUACAAGCUCUUGUUGAAUGAGAAGUGGAACUGGAAAAAGUGGAAUGGUCCUAAGCAGUACGAAGACAAGACCACCAAGUCCCUCAUGAUGCUUCCCACCGACAUGGCCCUCGUCUCCGAUAAAUCUUUCCGCUCAUACGUUGAGAAAUACGCAAAUGAUGAAUCUCUCUUCAUGAAGGACUUCGCAAAUGUCAUCACUAAGCUCUUUGAACUCGGUGUUCCUUUUGCAGAGACUACUGAACAAGCCCCUAUGAAGUUCAAGCCUACUGCCUAG